CUAUAAAGCUUCGCCUAUAAGAUCCACCCAUCUUAGACAUAUACCUCUUACCACCUACUCUUACAGACAUCCCCACUAUAUUACUUGCAUACCAGAUCCAUGGCGUCCCUUCCGACAUCCCUCGUUUCCUUCAUCCAAGAAAAACUCUCUUCGAUGCCUCACUCCGACGCCGUCUACUCCCACCUCCAGCCCCUCCUCGACAACGAGCUCGUCCGCUCCUCCUACCAAAAAAUCAUCGCCUCCUCAGCCACCGCUCACCUCGAGCACGCCCGCUCCACCUACCUCGAUCCCUGCAUCGACCACCUCCGCGCCUCCUACCUCGACCCGUUCAUCAUCCAGCCGCUCGCGAACCUCCUCACCAACAUGCCCGACCUCCUCUCCGUCUUUGUCCUCCUCCUGGCGCUCUUCAUCUCGCUGAAGGUGCUGGACUACGGCCGUCGCCUGGUGAUGUUCUGGGUGACGUUGGCCCUGCGCUUGGUCUACUGGGGGUUUAUUAUCGGGGCGGGCGUGUAUGUUUAUAACGCGGGGUUGGAAAAGGCCGCGCAGGACCUCGGCUGGUUUUAUGGGCUGGUGAAGGGGGGUGUGGAGAGCUUUCAGAAUGGUGCGCAGGGGCAGGGGCAGGCUCAGUCGUCGGCGUCGACGGGUGGUUACGGUGGGUAUUCUUACGGGGAUAGCCAGGUUCGGGGGUGAUUUUUUCUGGGCUCUGGUUUCUGGCACCGUUUUGUUUUAUGGCAAGGGGGAGGGGUUUGGUUUUGGGGUUGCAUGAAUGUACGCAGUAGACUUGGUUUUGUCGCUUGAGCGAUCGGGUUCAGCAUUAUUAUUUUUUUUUUCACUUGUUGUUCUAUCCUGCAUUGGUAUAGUUUUGUUUUGAUAUUGUUACGAUGAUCACGCAUGAAUGCUUCAUUAUU